UGGAGGAAAGUUUGGAAUUUCUGACACAUAGGAAGAAAAAAAAGAGGAGGAGGGAAGGAAAGAAGUUUGACGUUUAGGAAAAGAAUCAUCGGUUGCUGCGAAGGCGAAGGAGAAUGAAGCGAACCGCGGACGCGACGAUCUGAAUCGCUUGUGUUCACACUCAGCCUUUUGCAGGCGCAUGACAGGGAGGUGUAUAUUUACAGUUUGGGGAGUUUUUGGAAGCCCUCCUGCAACUGGCGGCGACAUAUGUUCAGCUUUUCCCCGCAGCCGCGGAGCAGAUUUGGCGGCGGAGGCUGAAUUUCAGCGUCUGGAUGUGUUUUGAAUGGAAACGCUGGGCUGUCAGCGGAAUAAUAACGCUCAAGUGCGACUGACAGGUUGAAGAAGAGGAAGAAGAAGUAGUGCAGCUCGACUCUUAAAAAACCCAGAGGCUCGUUUUUUGUAGCAGCCCGAACCGUCCUUAUGUUUACCGGAUAAACAUUUGAGUUUCAUGCCAACUGCGUCUAACUCACCCCGCCGUGAGACUCGUGUUGGGACAGGAGCGUUUUGUUGUCGUGUUUAUCGUUCGUUUCUUUCGCGAGCUACUGUGCUGGAUUUGUUAUUAUUAUUAUCGUGCACGAGCCCAACCGAAACAUGCCAGUCCGGAAAAAAGAUGCACAGAGGGCUCUGUUACUUCUGGAGGAAUACCGGUCAAAACUCAGUAGCACUGAAGACAGACAGCUGAGGCACUCCAUCCAGAGAGUCAUUGACAUCUUUCAGAGUAACCUCUUCCAGGCUCUUAUAGAUAUCCAGGAAUUUUACGAAGUGACCUUAUUAGAUACUGAGAGAUGUGGGGAAUUGGUGAAAGUGCCCGAUGCAUUGCCUCCAGUCAACCUGUGGGACUUCUCCAGCAUUCAAAGCACAACGGUGACUUCAGACACCCUGCCCAGCCUUAGCACCAGCAUAGAGGAUUCUCCCCUCCUAAAUGAAAUACUUCAUGUGCUUGCUAAAGCCAAAUCUUCCUCCAGUGAUCUGGACCAAAAGUACAGACACCAAGAUGAGGACACAGGAUCUCCACAGGAGCCAAGCUCGCCACAGUUCACCGAUGAUGCUCCUGGACCUGAGCUGGUCCAAGUGGCUGAGAAGAGCCUCUCCCAGAUUGAAAAUGUCCAUGGCUUUGUGGCACAUUCACAUAUCUCCCCAAUGAAGGUUGAAUCGCUGGAAUGCAUCUUCGACGGGCCAUCGCCUGUAGUGAGGGAGGAGAGUCCUCCAUCUCCUUCUACUCCCCUUUCCAACCCGUAUCCUCAAAGUCCCGUGAGCGUCCAGCAGACAGAUGCUGUCCCACCCUCCACUCUCAUAAUCCCUGUGAUCCCAAUCUCCACUGUCCCUACGGAGCCCGCUGUCAUCUCACCAUCAACGUCACAGGCAAAUCCUCCCCCUGUCGUGGUAAAUACAGAGAGCUUGGAUUCAGCUCCAUAUGUUAAUGGUACCGAGGCUGACUUUGAGUAUGAAGAGAUCACGCUGGAAAGGGGGAACUCGGGCCUGGGCUUCAGUAUCGCCGGUGGCACAGAUAACCCUCACAUUGGUGAAGACCCCAGCAUUUUCAUCACUAAAGUCAUCCCAGGGGGCGCCGCAGCUCAGGACGGCAGAUUGCGGGUGAAUGACGUAAUUCUGCGAGUGAACGAGGUGGACGUCAGAGACGUGACCCACAGUAAGGCUGUGGAGGCGUUGAAGGAGGCAGGAUCGCUGGUCAGACUGUAUGUCAGGAGGAGAAAAUCUGCCUCAGAGAAAGUCAUGGAGAUCAAGCUCAUCAAAGGACCCAAAGGUCUCGGUUUCAGUAUAGCAGGGGGUGUUGGGAAUCAGCACAUCCCAGGAGACAACAGCAUCUACGUCACCAAGAUUAUUGAAGGUGGAGCUGCGCACAAAGAUGGGAGGCUGCAGAUAGGAGACAAACUUCUUGCUGUGAAUAGCUCCUGCCUGGAGGAGGUUACCCAUGAGCACGCCGUGACUGCCUUGAAAAAUACCCCUGACGUGGUCUACUUGAAAGUGGCUAAACCCAACAGUGUCUUCAUGAACGACAGUUAUGCUCCUCCUGACAUCACCAACUCCUAUUCCCAACACAUGGAAAACCAUAUCAGUCCUCCGAGUUAUCUCAGCCAGCCGCUGCCUCCGGUGCAUUCUGGACGCUUCUCCCCGACCCCGAAGACCACAGUGGGGGAUGAUGAUGUCACCAGGGAACCCAGGAAGGUGGUGCUGCAUCGAGGCACUACAGGUCUGGGCUUCAACAUAGUGGGUGGAGAGGAUGGCGAGGGUAUAUUUAUUUCCUUCAUUCUGGCUGGAGGUCCUGCAGACCUGUGCGGAGAGCUGAGGAAAGGAGACCGCCUGGUGUCUGUGAAUGGAAUAGACCUCCGUGGUGCAACUCAUGAACAGGCUGCGGCGGCCUUGAAAAACGCCGGACAAACAGUCACCAUCGUGGCCCAGUACAGACCAGAAGAGUACAGCCGAUUUGAAGCCAAGAUCCAUGACCUCCGAGAGCAGAUGAUGAACAGCAGCAUCAGUUCAGGCUCAGGAUCCUUGAGGACCAGUCAGAAGAGAUCACUUUAUGUCAGAGCACUGUUUGAUUAUGAUAAAACGAAGGAUUCAGGGCUGCCCAGUCAGGGCUUGAACUUCAAAUUUGGGGACAUCCUGCAUGUGGUCAACGCUUCAGAUGACGAGUGGUGGCAGGCCAGACAGGUCACCGCUCAAGGAGAGGUGGAGGAGAUGGGGGUUAUCCCCAGCAAGAGGAGAGUGGAGAAAAAGGAGAGAGCCAGGUUAAAGACGGUUAAAUUCAACUCCAAGUCACGAGAAAAAGGGUCCCUCAAUGACAAGCGUAAAAAGAACCUCUUUUCCCGCAAGUUCACCUUCUACAAGAACAAGGAUGCGAGCGAGCAGGAAACAAGCGAUGUGGAGCAGCAUGUCACCUCUAAUGCCAGUGAUAGUGAGAGUAGUUACCGUGGACAGGAGGAAUAUGUGCUGUCUUAUGAGCCAGUCAGUCAGCAGGAAGUGAACUACUCUCGACCGGUGAUCAUCUUGGGUCCGAUGAAAGACCGAGUAAACGAUGACCUGAUAUCAGAGUUCCCGGACAAAUUUGGUUCCUGUGUUCCCCAUACGACAAGGCCGAAGCGUGAUUAUGAGGUGGACGGCAGAGACUACCACUUUGUGGUGUCCCGAGAGCAGAUGGAGAGAGAUAUACAGGAGCACAAGUUUAUCGAGGCGGGCCAGUACAACAGUCACCUGUACGGGACCAGUGUGCAGUCGGUCAGAGAGGUGGCAGAAAAGGGCAAACACUGUAUUCUAGAUGUGUCGGGUAACGCCAUCAAGAGGCUGCAAGUGGCGGUGCUUUACCCCAUCGGCAUCUUCAUCAAACCAAAAUCAGUGGAGAACAUCAUGGAGAUGAACAAAAGACUGACGGAGGAACAAGGCAGAAAGACGUACGACAGAGCCAUGAAGCUGGAGCAGGAGUUCAUGGAGCACUUCACAGCCAUCGUUCAGGGGGACACUUUAGAGGAGAUCUACGAUCAAGUCAAGCAGAUCAUCGAGGAACAGUCCGGGCCAUACAUAUGGGUACAGUCCAAGGAGAAACUAUGAAGGCCUUCAGGAGUUUCAUCAUCCCUUCUUCUCUGCCUGCUUUAUUUAUUGAUUCUCUCAUUUUCGGUUAACUGACCGCGUUCGCUCAACAGAUUAAUUCCUUAAUCUCUGUUCAGUCCCUCAUCUUCACCCCCUGACUGACUUCUAGCUGUUUUUCAAGAGAAAGACGAUCUGUCGGAUCUCCACUGCUUCCAUGCUUACAGAAAAGCCAAGCUAUGCUAGACCAGCAUCUGUUUACCAGGGCUUCGGAAACGGUACAGUUCCUUAAUGUUUAAGGGAGGUUGCUAUGUACGGACAAGAGAUCUGCAUUUGAAGUCUCGUUUUGUUAUAAUACCUGCUCGAUCCUGUGUCGAUGGAAACACGGAACUCACGUCUCAGGCAUCGAAAUGGUGAGAAAGUCUCACACACACACACACACACACACACACAUAAAAAAAGCUAAACUUUGCACGUUGUAGCUAUUUAAGACCAGGUGUUUUUCGGCCCUUCCGUCUCGUCACAAAUCCCGCACAUUGAUUUCGUUGGUUUGUUUUCCUCCCGUGACUGUUGUAUCGGCAUGUGUCUUGUUCUUCCUCAUUCUGAUCGUCUGCUUUUUUUUUUUUUGGAGCCGUGUGUGUUUUUGCCGAUGUCCCGCUGCACAGGCGUCGAAAGCGUGUGCCGUUAGAAUGUCCGAGUCUACAAUCAGUGUCUUAACACAAGAGUACCUGUUUUCAACACCUUUGAUUUACGUCUAGGGGAUAAAAAGUCUGCCAUUUAUAUGGAACUGCUAUUUUUAAAGAGGCAAUAAAGAAAUUUAUUGUACGACGAGAUCUUUAGCCCUCCAUAAACUGCCUAUUUUGUUAUAAUAAAAGUCUAUAUUGAGCUUUACGUAAGCACUGCUAUGAUGGGAGUUAUUUUCUUGACAUGAUUAAAAAUGUAUAUUAGAACAAGAGAUUUAAACACACACACACACAAAUAAAAUAGUAUGAAUAUAUAUAUAUUUUUUCCUUUUUAGGUCGCCACUCUUUAUUUUCCUAAACUGACUAGUGUUGUCACGAUACUGGAAUUCGGUACCAUUCGGUACUUACAUGGUACUCUCCAUUUCCCGCGAACAUUUGAGCAGUGAUUUGCCAUUGUGUUCAAGUGCUCAACAGAAAUGACUGUGAUUGGCUGUGAAAGUCAUCAGUUCACCAAACCCACCGCUGUUUACGGAGUGUAACCAGGAUGCGAAUUACAGUUGGAUUUUGAGGGAUUGACCCCCAAUUAGUGCUUGAUUCCCCCUGAAGGACGUCAAAACAACAUAUGGGAGGGGUCAGAUCUCUAAAUAGUGAAAAAUAGUUUGUUCGGUAACAUAACUGCACAGUAUGAAUCAUCUAUUAAGCAUUAGCAAACAGUUCAUUUAUUAUCUGUUAAGCAUUAACUCUAUGUUAAUUGACGUUAGUAAGCAUACAAUACAGCUACAAACGCUCUAUUCUUGACAUAUGAGCGAUCCGCUGAUUAAUCCCUGUCUGUGGGAAUCUGUGGUUACACUCGGGUGAGUUCGGUGAACUGAUGACCUUCACGGCCAAUCACAGUCAUUUCUGUUGAGCAUUUGAACACAAUGACAAAUCAGCACUGCUUAACAACGAGUUCAAAUGUUCGCAGGAAAUUUCAGUAUUGAUUGGAACCGAAUUCCAGUAUCAUGACAAGCCAGACAAAUGAUUCGCAAUUAUGAUGAUGAUUAUUCGCAAGCUGGUUCUCUUCCUCUUCGGUUUGAACAUCAUCUUCUGGAAGUGUGUGUGUGUUGCAUCCGAGUCUUCAUAAGUGGAGAAAAGCGCUCCGUCCGUCCAGCUUUAACACUCUCCGCAGAGACUCGUGUUUUUUUUUUUACUGGAGAAGGUCCGGCCUGCUCUUCCUACAACAUGAUUGUUUUGUAUACUGAGACUGCUUGUUUGUUCUACCACCUCACCACUUUAGGGACAUUUGUUGGGACUGGAGAAAAAAGCAAACAUGUAAAUAACGUACUGAUCUGAUUCAUUCCAUUGAUCAAAAUGAAGAAGAAUGGCUGAUUCAAGAAAAACAAAUAAAACAAAAUGUUUCUCAUACA